CGCAAGCGCACUCGGCUUCCCGGGCGGGGGCGGGGCCGGCGCGCGGCGCAUGCGCAGAGUGGAAACCGCCCGGGAGGGAGAGGGGUCGACUUUUUUGGGGUUGCAAGAAGCUGAAAGGAAGCAAUGGCAGACCAGAAGCGCCUUGCCUAUGCCAUCAUCCAGUUCCUCCAUGACCAGCUCCAGAAUGGGGGGCUGUCUCCGGAUGCUCAGGAGAGUUUGGAAGUGGCCAUCCAGUGCCUGGAGACAGCUUUUGGGGUCUCGCUGGAAGACCAAGGCCUUGCUGUGUCCCAGACCCUCCCUGAAAUAUUUGAAGCUGCUGUAGGAAAGGAGCCUGAACACAUCAGAACGAAUUCGGAGCCUGUCACCCCCUCUGAAGAUGAUAUAGCUGAAGCAGAAAGACUCAAGACUGAAGGAAAUGAACAAAUGAAGGCAGAAAACUUUGAAGCUGCUGUGUCUUUCUAUGGGAAAGCAAUUGAGUUAAAUCCAUCCAAUGCUGUGUAUUUCUGCAACAGAGCUGCUGCGUACAGUAAACUAGGGAAUUAUGCCGGAGCAGUGAGAGACUGUGAAAGAGCUAUAGGCAUUGAUCCAAACUACAGCAAAGCUUACGGCAGAAUGGGCUUGGCCCUCUCCAGUUUAAAUAAACACACAGAAGCUGUUGUUUACUACAAAAAAGCCCUGGAGCUGGAUCCAGACAAUGACACGUACAAAUCCAACCUUAAAAUAGCCGAACAGAAAAUGAAGGAGACUCCUAGCCCAACCGGAGGUCCAGGAGGAUUUGAUUUAGCUGGCUUGCUGAACAACCCCGGCUUCAUGAGUAUGGCCUCUAACCUAAUGAACAAUCCACAAGUACAGCAGCUCAUGUCCGGGAUGAUCUCUGGUGGCCACAAUGCCAUGGGAGCAGCAGGCACCAGCCCCUCCACGAAUGAUCUCGCCAGCCUCAUACAAGCGGGCCAGCAGUUUGCUCAGCAGAUGCAGCAGCAGAAUCCCGAACUAAUAGAGCAGCUUCGGAGCCAGAUCAGGAGUCGAACUCCAAGUGCCAGUAACGAAGAUCAGCAGGAAUGAGCGCUCCUGGUGAGCGCACUCGGUGGGAGCGAUGUCCUUUGCUUUAAAAACUGGAAGCCAUGUGCGUGUUGCCAUUUCUUGAGUUGGAAGUGUCCAAGAAGGGGAAAAAAUUAAUGGAAAAACAGAGUCCUUCCUAUGACCUGCAUGUUAAAGACAGAUUCACGCUUUCAUUCCCUGGUCUUCGUCCCUGCUCUUCCCCAUCAGCCUUUCCAUUAGAUUUUUUUUUUUCUUCUGGAAGAUCCAGCGAGCUGAACACAAACCAGCAUCCACCGUCUUUCUACAGAACCUUGGAGAACGGACUACACCGUUACAUUUCUAUGGUCUUUGUUACAUGGGGAUUUUUUUAACCCGUUUUUGGAGAAUGACGCACUCUGCACCACAGGACGUCCUCACUUCCCUGCCUGCUGGCCACCUCGGAGAAGUGCUCAAAUCCUGCCUAGCCCCAACCCUGCCCCAUUCCAUUUCCCAGCCUGUUCCAAGGCGGUGGGGUUGGAACACUCUGGAGAUCCCAGGAUCUCCUUGCUGCCAGGAGCAGAGUUUGGUCAGAUUCACUGCGGUUCUCGUUCAGCUCUGUAGCAGAGCAGCAUUCCCAGCAUCAUUAACAUGUGGGAUUUGGAGUCACCCUAAAAGCCGGCAUCGAUGGGAGGUGGGACAACCAGGCAGGACAUUCCGUCUGUGCUGGCUCCAACGGUGAGCCUUUCCCGCUGCAUUUCUUGGGAUUCUUUCCCAGUCCUGACAAAAUUUGUCUAGUGUUUAGUAAUUAUGGCUAUGUUGUCGGAGUGGUCAAAUCUGUGAACUCGUCGGGUGGACAGUAAGGAAGGUAAAGAUGUUUUUUUGGUGUUCAAAAGGGGGUUUUUUUGCUUUUUUUUUUUUUUUUAAUCUUUUAUGCAUGUGAGUAACCAGCCUGGUUGUGCAAACGGUAGGAGUAGAGAGAAUAGAACGCUGUCUGGAUGGUAAGAAACUGGGUGGCUGCUGGUUUGGUGUUGGGGAUUGCUGAGGAGAGGUUGUUCUUCAGCAGAUCAUGUGUGGUGUGAGGCAAGAAGCUCUGGCAGCCAGUGACCCACAGCUCUCUGCCCCUCCGGAGUUCCCUGCGUUGCUCCUUGAAUGAAUAAGGAGCUUUAGCGAAGUCCCCAGACGUCACUGAUUAAGGCCAGGGACUUUGAUAUCAGCCUUGGAAUCAUGUUUAAUGUUGGGAGAGGGACCUGGGUGGGAGGGGGGAAAAGGCUCUGCCAGGAGGCCAGGAGGGAGAGCAAGCAGGUGCAUCUGAAGGUUAAUAUCCAGGAAUAAAAGGUUUGUAAAUGCUUCAUAAAGUAAUACGUGGUUCAUGUAACUUGUGAAGAAUAAAAUAUUUG